GCAAGUAAAAUGAUUAAAAAACGAAUAGAUUAUAAUAAUUUGAACGGGCACUUACAUGGGCAAAAGCGGGUGUGCCCGAAUCAACAGCCACCUGGCGACAACGCAAAAGCCAUUCCAAACUUUUAUCAUUCCAAAUCUCGAAUCGCACGGAUUGACCCUCUUUGUCGAUCCACAAUUACUCAAAAUUAUAGCUCUUGUGGGAAGUGGAGGAGCUCAUUUGAUGUGUAAAAGAGAGAUUUCACAUACCCGUGGUAAAUAAAGGGAAUAAAUUAUAGCGAUUGCAGAGAAUGGCGUGUAGAGGUUUUUGGGAGUGCUUAUUGAAGCUCCUGAACUUCUUGUUAACACUUGUGGGCCUGGCAAUGGUUGGUUAUGGUAUUUACCUCUUUGUGGAGUACAAAAAUGCAGCAUCUCCUGGUGAUGAUGUCCCCAUCGCACCUCCAGGUGGUGAGAUAGUGCAGCUUGGCCGCCCGAUGCUCAUGGCUGUGUCUUUAGCUGAUAGCAUUUUCGAUAAACUUCCCAAAGCUUGGUUCAUAUAUUCUUUUAUCGGAAUUGGUGUAAUACUUUUUGUCAUUUCCUGUUGUGGGUGCAUUGGAACAGCUGCACGAAAUGGAUGCUGCCUCACUUGCUAUGCAGUAUUGCUGAUCUUGUUGAUCUUGAUUGAACUGGGAUUAGCUGCUUUUAUAUUCUUUGACAAAAACUGGAGAGAGGAAAUUCCGACUGACAAAACUGGCAAUUUUAAUAUGAUUUAUGAGUUUCUGGAGAAGCACUGGAAAAUUAUCAAGUGGGUUGCUCUCGGUGUUGUUGUAUUGGAGGCUCUUGUAUUUUUAUUAGCACUUGUUGUAAGGGCUGCCAACAGACCAGCAGAUUAUGAUAGUGAUGAUGAGUAUAUAAGUGGCCCCAGGCAACAGAUCCGGCAGCCUUUGAUCAAUAAUAGGCCAACAGUUACCGCCACAGGCGUGCCUGUUACUGGUACCCUUGAUCAUCUUCCAAGUAGGAGUGAUGCUUGGAGCACACGUAUGAGGGAAAAGUAUGGGCUUGAUACUUCAGAAUUCACAUACAAUCCAUCGGAGUCGAACAGGUACCAGCAAGCUGCCGCACAAUCAUCAGAGGAAAGGAGCCGUUGUACCAUAAUGUGAUGGUCAUUCUCAAUUUGCAUAAAUUGUAAUUGUGCUUGUUUAUGGAAACUGAUGUGAUUGACUAGUAUGAGGUCUUUGGAUCUUCAGACUGUUCUUUCUGCAGGGUCUGUAUGCAAAAGAAAAAGAAAAAAAAACUGAGUUCUAAGAAGCUGCACUUAGUUUCUCCUCUCUGUUUCAUUAUUGAGAAAUGGACGAUGUUGUUUUGUUUGGUUGAGUAUACUUAUUUUCAUGGACCAUAUCUUUGCUAUCGGUUCUAUGGUUAUUAUCAAGGCUCGAGAACUGAACAUUCCACUUA